AUGUGCCCCGUCGACGGCAUAGUAACUUUUCCUCUUGUAAAUGCUAGUCGAGUAUUGCAACCACAUGAAGAUGCCUUAGUCCUAACACUAGGAAUAAGUGGGUUCGACGUGAGAAGGGUUCUGAUUGAUCCGGGUAGCUCAACUGACCUCUUACAAAUGUUAGUUUUCAAGCAGAUGGACUACUCACCCUCUACCCUAGAGAAUCUAAGGCGAUUACUAUCCAGGUUCAAUGGAGCCACGACGACUUCUCAGGGCGACAUUGUAUUCCCUGUCCAGGCUAGCUUAAUCACCCUAAACAUACAAUUCUCGGUGGUCGAGGAUUUGUUCCAUUUCAACGCCAUCAUGGGAUGUGCAUGA